AGAUACCAAUGAUGCGCAGGUAUAGGAGGCAGAGGAGACGUGUCUUGCAACACGCCCAUUGGCUGUCCCAAGAAGAGGUACCAUACUACGACGACUCCGACUCGAAAUCGAUCUCUCACGAACCAAGUACGGCGGCUGAGGAAGAAGGCGAGGACGAAGAAGAAGAGGAGAAGGACGACGAAGACGAAGAAGAGGAUGAGGAGGUAGAAGAAGAAGAAGAAGAAGACGAGGAGUUGGCUCCUGAAUCAUCCAUGGAGGAAGAGAAGGACUUGUUCGAUCGCCACCGUCAGGACUGGGAAUUCACAUUUAGCCACCCCGGCCUUACCUUCGAUGUUUUCACGUCACUGAGUUCAAUGGUAUUCACGCACUGCACGCCGAGUUGCCUCCCACAUGAGGCCGUUCUCGCCGAUUCCCUGCAGAUAUGCUCCAUCAAAGUCGCCAAGAUAAAACACCUCGAGUGGCCGCUCCAUGUUUAUGGCCUGAUCGCCGCUCGGGACUACGUGGAUCACAAAUGCAACAUCCUUUUCUACCGUCCAAGGAGCCGGAGCCAAACCCUCACUAAAAAUGAUCCGUAUUUGCACUUGACUGGCCCACGCCGCGCGCUCUUGGCCAUAGAUAAUGUCCACAUAGAAAUCCAACUCAGAGUAAAGGGACAUUCUAAGCUCGAAGAUAGGCCACUGAUCACCCAAGCCUUCCGCUACUACAAUGGCUCCAACCGCGACUGGUUCUACUCCUACCUCUUCAACUACCUCUGCAAAAUCCAGCUCUGCUUCGAGCAGCUCAAGCGAUCGUGUCAGGCCACCGUCUUGGCGGUCCGUGUCACGCGAGGGUCGCCUUUCAAAUACGGAGGACAGGUUGUCUGCUGCGCCUCGCCUUACGAGGACAAUGACCCCAACAAGGAGAUCGUGUUGUUCGAUUCAAAGUAUGGAGUUAUGGAUUCCGAUGGAACGAUGAGUAUGGAUCCAGAUGGUUACCUCGAUCUGUCGAGGCGUGUCGUUUCCGUACAAGGAAGGCUCAAGAUCUUCAUACAUACCUACUCUCGCUCCGGGGCGAUACGUGCUAGUGGCCGUAUCUCGUUCAGAGCCAAGGAUUGCCAAACAAGUCAGGCUAAAUGUUUCCUUCACAAGCGUAGCAAGGCCUCUAGAGGGAAUAGUGCCGCCUCUGAAGGCAAAGACCAAGUGAAGAUUAAUGUUGCUUGGUCUCGCUUUGCUAGAAAAAUAUCCGCUAUUGAGCUAGACUGCUUCGGUGAUCUUUUUUGAUGCUCGAGCUCGUGAAUGUUAUGGACCCUUUGGCAGGCAUCCAUUCCUAUAGUACUGAGUAGUACUAUACAUUAAGCUAGCUGUUAUCUUUGUUAAGUGGACCAGUAUUUUAUCAUUUGGACUUCCCUUCGUUAUCUGAGUGAACCACAAUGAUGUAU